AGGGGGGAUUCUGGGAAUUGUAGUCCCAGCCCGGCCGGGAGAGGAAGGAGGGCGGCUGCCUCCAGCCCCCCGGGGUCCCAGACGGAGAGCCAUGCAGAAAUACGAGAAGCUGGAGAAGAUCGGAGAGGGCACCUACGGGACGGUGUUCAAGGCCAAGAACCGGGAGACGCACGAGAUCGUGGCGCUGAAGAGGGUGCGGCUGGACGACGACGACGAGGGGGUCCCCAGCUCUGCCCUGCGGGAGAUCUGCCUCCUGAAGGAGUUGAAGCACAAGAACAUCGUCAGGUUGCACGACGUCCUCCACAGUGACAAGAAGCUCACGCUGGUCUUCGAGUUCUGUGACCAGGACCUGAAGAAGUACUUUGACAGCUGCAAUGGGGAUCUGGACCCAGAGAUUGUUAAGUCCUUCAUGUACCAGCUGCUGAAAGGUUUGGGGUUCUGCCACAGCCGGAACGUCCUGCACAGGGACCUCAAGCCCCAGAAUCUCCUGAUCAACCGGAACGGGGAGCUGAAGCUGGCAGACUUUGGGCUGGCGAGGGCCUUCGGGAUCCCCGUGCGCUGCUACUCGGCCGAGGUGGUGACGCUCUGGUACCGCCCCCCAGACGUCCUUUUUGGGGCCAAACUCUACUCCACCUCCAUAGACAUGUGGUCUGCUGGCUGCAUCUUUGCAGAGCUGGCCAAUGCUGGGCGCCCCCUCUUCCCAGGAAAUGACGUGGAUGACCAGCUGAAGCGGAUCUUCCGGCUGCUGGGGACUCCGACUGAGGAGCAGUGGCCGGGGAUGACCAAACUCCCAGACUACAAGCCAUACCCCAUGUAUCCUGCGACGACUUCCCUCGUCAACGUGGUGCCCAAGCUGAACACGACUGGACGGGACCUGCUCCAGAACCUGCUGAAGUGCAACCCGGUGCACCGGAUCUCGGCAGAGGACGCCCUCCAGCACCCCUACUUCACAGAUUUCUGCCCCCCCUAAGGGGCCGGCGUCUGCGUGUGUCUGGUGUGGCCAAAGGGUGGGGGUGCAUGCAGCCUCCCCCCCCCCGCCAGUGUACCAGUCCCCCUGC